ACCACCAUCUUGCCACCAUGCUCAGGACACUCACCCUCGUCUCUCUUUUGAACCUCGUCCUGCCCGCCUUUUCUUCUCCAUGCACUGUCUUUGAUGCCAGCUUUAACCUAUACGCACUUGGUUUGGGCGGAAAAGAUUGGGAUGCGGGCACUCAGGACGCUUGGGCAAGUGGCCAAGCCACUGAUGUUACGACCACCGGUCGCCCGCCCUUCGAUGGAGCCAACACAACCUGCUACUUGGCUCAGUUCUACAACGCCAUCUAUGUCAUGAACGGCGAUGCUUCAAAUCCUUCCGCCGUUCACAUCUAUGACGCGGGAACCAAGGCCUGGAGCACGCAAUCUGUUACCACCGGCAAGUUCGACCCCUCGAACUUCCAAGCCAUUCUCGACCACGACACGAAUGUGUUCUACGCUCUGUCCAAUGACGAAAUGCUAUUCCUUGACAUGGGCAGUCUGACCACCGCCAAUUCCUCUGCUCUGUCCUGGAUGGACGUUGGCAUGGCUCCUUACCCUAGUGGUUAUCAACCCGUCAUGGCGCUCGCGCAAAACCACGUCCAUUUCUUGGACGUGCCUGGCAAUCCCCCUGGUGAAGCCGACAUCUUCGUCAUUCAUUUCUCGUUCUUCCAGCCCACGCCCCAAGCGUACCCCCUCCCCGAUGGCAGCGCCUUCCCAGCUGAGCAUGGUCUGACUGCCUCGUUCUUCCAGUCGAGCGGUGUGCAACAGGAAUUCGCCUUCAUUCCUGACGACGGCUCGGCCACCUAUGUCAUCAACGUCGAGACUAACACCACCCAGAAGCUCGCGGGCCCGACGAACAAGGACCCCAAGGCGAACUACGCCGCAUCGAUUACCGCACUCGUUCAGCUCGACAGCAGUGGUGCGCUCAGCUUCCUGCCGUACACCGAGGGGGAUGCCACCACCAACUCCGCCGCCCAGUGGAGCAGCGUGGCGAACGUUGCUGCAGCCGUUCCCUCCGGCAGCAUCUCUUCCGCGUCCCCGUCGGCGUCAGGCGCAGCCAAAGCCUCAGGCACUGGCUCUACGUCUAGCAAGCCCACUGGCUCUGCUUCUGGCUCUGGUACUGGCUCUGCCGGCGCCUCGCCGACUGGUGCUGCACAGCCGAAUUCUGGCGUUAUGACUAGCAGCAUCUUCAGCCUUGGUUUGGUCGCCUUGGGCUCGCUUGGCUUUGUCGCUUCGAUGCUCUAAACGAGCAUAGGGAUGUAUAUACGGACCUUCUCAUUGACGUCUGUAGAUGGAUGCUUCAGCUCAGUUCCUUUCUUCUCCCUCCCCUUUACGAGAACCAUUCUUUUGCGUGACUGUGUAUGGUCUUCCGACUACAUGCCUUUUGGGCACAAUAUGUCUUUAAUGCUACUUCAUUGGUUGGUGGGGUGCUCGUUCAUGUGGGUUGAAUGCGCGUGCUUCAGUAAAUUGAGGCGCAGUGCUUCAACAUUCGUUCAGCUAGCGCGGCAUACGGUGCCACGACCUCGAGCAGUAUAUUCUGCUGUAUUCCGAGAUGUUGGCUUGACAGGCACGAUUCCAUGUAUGCGAUGAUCCUGGUAGGGGGGGGAGUACAAUUUGGAAUUUGGAAGUUUGCGAAGCACAUACCGUUUGUACCGAGCGUUGCCAUAACCACCAACCACUAUUCCUCACUUUGUUCCACUU